AAAGGGGGUAAUGGCAAUGGCAAUGGCAGCUUCCGCAAUCUCGUGUUCUGGCCCGUGGAGUCGGGGAAGCGGAAGGAUGUGAGUAAGGAGAAUGUGGAGGGGUUUAUGCGCCAUUCCCCGCAGGCGGAUGGGUCGUCCACUGCGUUGUUGGCGGUGCUGAAGGCGGAGCGCGUUCGCUGGCAUCCGGAUAAGAUCCAGCAGCGGUAUGGAGGGCUUGGGAUCGAGGAGGCGGUGCUGCGCUCGGUGACGGAGGUGUUUCAGAUUAUCGAUCACUUGUGGAAUGAUCUUAGGGCUACCGGCAGAGAUUCUGCCUGA